AUGAAUUCUAUAGGACAGACUACACAACUACCUAAUUAUUCUUGUACUGAAAAUGAUGUUUCUAUUCAGUUUACAUUAUCUUCAUCAUCUCAUUCAGCAUGGAAUCCAACAUCAAGUUGUUCUUUACAACAAUGUAAUACAAGUUUGAAUGGUAACGAUGAUUGUCGUUCAUCAUCAACACCUUGUUUUGAUUAUCGAACAAUAAAUAAUAUUAGUUAUUGUGCACCUGGUAUUUUAUGUUCAAUAUUAGAAAGAUGUGAUAAUAUUACACAAACAUGUUUAUCAAAUAAUUCAGUGUGUGUUAUUAAUUCAUGUUGUUCACCGCAAGCAGUAUGUUUACCAUUCUUAGCAACACAAAUAUGUGAAAGAGGAUGGUUUUCUACUGGUAAUAUGGCUAAUGCACGAUAUGCUCACACAGCAUCUGUAUUAUCAAAUGGACUAGUAUUAGUUACUGGUGGUACACUCGAUAGUAUUUAUGUUUAUUUAAAUAGUGCUGAACUAUAUAAUCUAUCAACAGGUACUUGGACAAUUACUAGUAGCUUGUAUAAUGAACGAGCUGCUCAUACAGCAUCUGUAUUAUCAAAUGGAAAAAUAUUAGUUACUGGCGGAGCGAGUUUUAAUACUUAUUUAAAUAGUGCUGAGCUGUAUGAUCCAUUAACAAGUGCUUGGACAACUACAGGUGGCAUGACUAAUGCACGAGCUAAUCACGCAGCAUCUUUGUUAUUAAAUGGAAAAGUAUUAGUUACUGGUGGAUAUAAUGGUUAUUUAAAUAGUGCUGAACUGUAUGAUCCAUCAACAGGUACUUGGACAACCACUGGUAACAUGACUAAUGCACGAUAUAAUCACAAAGCUUCUGUAUUAUCAAAUGGAAAAAUAUUAGUUACCGGCGGAGAGAAUUCUAAUGGUUAUUUAAAUAGUGCUGAGCUGUAUGAUCCAUCAACAGGUACUUGGACAACUACUACUAAUAUGACUAAUGCACGAGAAGGUCAUACAGCAUCUGUAUUAUCAAAUGGAAAAGUAUUAGUUACUGGUGGAUUCGGCAGUAGUAUUUUAAAUAGUGCUGAACUGUAUGAUCCAUCAACAGGUAUUUGGACAACUACUACUAAUAUGACUAUUGGACGAUUUGGUCACACAGCAUCUAUAUUAUCGAAUGGAAAAGUAUUAGUCACUGGUGGAUUAGACAAUGGUUAUUUAAAUAGUGCUGAGCUGUAUGAUCCAUCAACAGAUAUUUGGACAACUACUAGUAAUAUGACUAUUGGACGAAGUGCUCACACAGCAUCUAUAUUAUCAAAUGGAAAAGUAUUAGUUACUGGUGGAGGUGGUAAUAAUGGUACUUUAAAUAGUGCAGAAUUAUAUUAA